UCGAAACGGCCGAAUGAAUUUUGAGACGAAAGAUCGAGUGGUUUGUGACAAAACUCUAGGGCAACCGCAUAAUUAUUUGGAAUAUUGUUGAAGUAUAUUCCGUGGAAAUUUUCUUUUCCGCUGUUUAGCUUGAGAAGAGUUGCAAUUACUUGCAGCGACAGCAUGGCCGAAGAGAGCCCGGUUGAAAACAGAGGAACUGUGGAAGCGGCGUAUAAUAAAUUGAUAGAUAUCGAGUUUACUGCCGAGAAUGGAAAUUCUAGUCGUGAAAGAUCACCACAGGAAAACACAGAUAACGCUCCACUAUUGACACAAAUCACUCCACGCUCCUCUGAAUCGCCAUCUUUAGAAGGUACUGAUGAAGGCAAGUAUAUCAAUCAAGCAGAAUUACACAGAGCAUCUCUUUGCAGCGGACAAAAAACGGACCAAGAAAGCAAGCAUUUUACACAAAGCGAAGUUCAUAGGAAUGAAGAAGGAAAAAAUAGUGAUGUUGCUACCGAAAACAAAGAAAACUUAGAAGGUGUACCUUCAGAAACAGUUGAAAAAGAGGAGGGAAAUUAUGAAGAACUUGUUUGCUUAGUUAGACAAUUCUAUGUCGAGCGACCAGUGAACCCAGCCGCUAUCGCUUAUCAGAAUAUUGAAACUUGUUAGCGACACAUGUCAUUUGCAGUCCUUCGUCUACGUGGCUUCAGCCAUUCAGCGAAAUGUGGAGGUUUAUCACGGAAAGAGGAUUCCUCUUGAAUCCAAAUGGCAGCUCAUCGUUGGA